AUGACAUACCGUGACACAUCUCCUCAAGGGUGUUCAUUAAUGCAAUUGCAUUGCUUUACAUUUCCUUUGAUGUGUUGUUUGAUUAGCGCUACUCUUGAAAUUUUAUCUGCAACUCGUAACGGAUGGAACCAGGCGAGGAGGAGAACCAGCCGUGGAUGGCUUCCGGCUUCGACCGAGGAACGGAAACCACCGCCAACUUAUUUCAUUUCUGAUGAUUCCUUGGCGAGGAGGGACUGGUACUCCGUGAACUCGCCCUCCAUGUUGGGCACCAGGAACGUCUGCCAGAGGCUCGUUACCCGCGCACAGGGUGCCAAGGUUGGCGGGCAAGCUUUGCCGUGCCGCUCCCUCGACAAAGUGCAGAAGCUCGGGCGUGUCUCGGGCGAGAGCUACAUGGCGGCGUGUCGGUCGCAACUUGAGGCACCUUCCUCAGUCCGCGACGUUCCUCAGUGGCUCUCAACUACCGCACAACCCGAUGCUGUUUCUCUCGCCAGUCUCCGCGGGGCCUUUUGCAGUGCUGGUUGCGCUCGAUCCCCCUCGAACAUCACAACAAGCGCGUCUGAAUGGCGUACACUGCAAGCAAGGCAACCCUCGACGGCUUUGAGACUUCGGCGUAGCUCUCACUGCUACACAGUUUGA